AUGUCCGGACGCGUAUCAGAUACUGACGACACCAACCAGAAGAAGUACGUGACGUUCAAGGUGCACCACGAGGAUCCGUUCCGAUUCACGAUCGCCUAUACUGACGAGAGCCCUGACGAGCUUUACGAACAAUUCGUGCAGAAAAUCGCUUCUAUCGGUCGUCCUGUCGGUAAACUCUACUAUGUGGAUCGCGGUACGGACCAUAUGCUGAUCUCGAAUGCUCGCGACCUCAAAAAUGCCAUGGAAGGCUGUGAACUGAUGAAUAUCCAUGCCACUGCAGCCGACACGGACGUCGUCACUUCAAGAAGUCCGUUUUGUUCAGGAGGCGAUGAAGCGGUCAGAAGACGUCAUCGUGGUCCGAGACGGCAUUGUCGACACCCAUCACCCAAUCCCAGAAUGUGCUACCAGUCCCACGGUCACCAUGGCCCCCAUGUAACUCACGGGUGCCCAGCUUUUGCAGCAGAGCCCUUUCCAUGGGGCCCUUGCUCUUUUUAUGCUCCUCACUUUGGGCAAUUCGGUUGUACUGAUUGUUGCUGUCAUCAAGGGGUUCCCUAUUCCUGCUGUUGCUCAUUUUGA